AUGUCGUUUACAGGGACAACAGACAAAUGCAAGGCGUGUGACAAGACGGUAUACGUUAUGGACUUGAUGACAUUGGAAGGCAUGCCUUAUCACAAGUCAUGCUUCAGGUGCAGCCAUUGCAAUGGCACUCUCGUGAUUAGCAACUACUCAUCCAUGGAUGGAGUUUUGUACUGCAGGACCCAUUUUGAACAGCUCUUCAAAGAAUCUGGAAAUUUCAGCAAGAAUUUCCAGGCAGGAAAGACCGAGAAAUCUAAUGAAAUGACGAGGACUCCAAGCAAGUUAUCUUCCUUCUUCAGCGGAACACAAGACAAAUGUGCAACUUGCAAGAAAACUGUUUAUCCUCUAGAGAAGAUGACAAUGGAAGGUGAGUCUUACCACAAGACUUGCUUUAGAUGUGCUCACGGUGGUUGUCCAUUGACACACUCUUCGUACGCUGCUCUCAAUGGCAUCCUUUACUGUAAGGUCCAUUUCAAUCAGCUUUUCCUCGAGAAAGGUAAUUACAACCAUGUCCUCCAAGCCGCUGCUAAACGCACAGCUGAGGAAGACAAAACCAAACCCGACGAAGAUGAGGCAAACCCUACAGAGGAAGAAGCUUCUGAUGCAGUCCCUGAAGCUGCUGAAGAACCUGAGUCCUAA